GUCGGACGUGUCCACCAUGCCCUGCAGCGCUUCUCAAUCUCUGCUCGCGCGCAGCAUCACAGUCCUACUCUCCACCUCAGCUGGACGACAUGAGCAGCAUCGAAUUGGAGGACCUUUCCAAGCGUAACCGAGCAGCUCGCGACUCGGACAAGCCCCAAGACUCAGACUCCGCCCAAGACUUGGGGACUACGCGAGAUGCUGAGUCGGUGGUCUACUGGGCGUACACAGCAGCAGGUGUGCUAGUGGCAGCGUCGACCCCGCUCCUGAUGUUUCCUCGUUUCCUGCUCUUCCUCGCGAGUACCGGCGAGCUCGAACGGCGAACAACGCUCACGCCUCUGGAGUCGUUCUUCUGCUUGCAAACCGGUAUCCUGUUGCUGGCUAUUGCAGUCGCACUCGUCCUCAAUGUACCCUCAUCGGCGGCAUUGCCAAGUUACUCCUCCGGACAGGGUAGUGUAGGCCACCCGUUACUCGGACCACUAUCUACAGCUUGCGCCUUCAUCUCUGUCAUCUCAUAUAACACCAAGUCCGUCGGUUCUCUGGGGCUACUCGUGUCCAUGGGCACAGCGCUUGUCUGCCUCUGGGGAUUCUGGGUCUUGGUGUUCGAGGGUACCUCGAGAUACUCCAAGAAGACAGGCGCGGACAAACACACGUCUAGAUUCCUCUUCGGUAACAAAGCUGCUGCAUCGUCUCAGAAGAAAGAGUGGAAGAAGCAGGCCACCAAGUCUCGAUGAUACAAUUUCCGAAAACCGUGUGCUCAUAGCGUUGCUUCGUAUAUUGUAUUUCUAUUCGGAUGGGAACCCGAGCACUACCAGACUCUGAUCACCGGCAGUGGCGACUUCAGGUUAGCAUCCUGUACGA